GAACUCUUCACUUUUUUGUUUCCCGCCAAAACGUGUUUACAUUCCCGCCUUUUCGAGUGUCCUUUUUGAUCAAAGCCCCAUUAAAAAGUUUAGGAGAGAGCGAAAGGGUGGUUGUUCACAAAUCUCUCGAUUGUAGUCAGGGGACACUAUCUGAAAAUGGGCAAAAUUAGCGGACCCAAAAGGAUGAAAACCAGUGAAAAGCAAGAUGUGAACAGUGAGAGAAGCCUAAGCGAAUUACCUGAUGUCAUUCUCCAACACAUUCUUUCUUUACUUCCAACAAAAGAUGCCGUGAGAACUAGUGUUCUGUCAAAAAGAUGGGAAUAUCUUUGGACAUCUGUUUCGAGUUUUGUUUUUAAUGGAUACAAAGUAAAUAGAACCCACUUCAUGGAAUUUGUGGAUCGAGCACUUGCACUCCAUGAAGGUAGUAUUCAAUGCUGCUCUAUUAUGAGUGAUGUGCUAGGUGAUGCAGAUCGCUUUAGAAGAUGGAUUACAGUCGCAGUAAGGCGGAAUGUUAUAGUUUUCAGUAUUCGCCUAACUAAUUGCAGAAAGGUCUUUGAAUUUCCGCAUUGUUUUUUCACAUGUGCAUCAGUCCAAAAAUUAUAUUUAUCUAUCUCAUCCCCACUGAAACGUCCUCAUUCAAUUUGUUUCUCAAGUCUCAAGAGUUUACAUCUUGCGGAUAUAACAUUUUCGGAUGAUCAAUCGGCACAAAAGUUGCUUUCAGGCUGCCCAGUGCUUGAGGAGAUGUGUUUGAUGAAAUGCAGCUGGGUUAAAGUCAAGAGAGUUAUUAUACAUUGUCCCAGGCUUUACAGCUUGACCAUAACUGAGAAGGAAAUCGAUGACGACCUUUAUAAUUUGUCAGAUAGUUGUAAGGUCAUGAUAUUUGGAACAUGUCUCAAGCGCUUCAAGUAUUCUGGUGCUUUUUCAAAUGAAUAUUGCUUAUAUGACUCAUCCUCGUUAGAUAAGGUGCAAAUUCAAAUGGAUCAUAGAGGCCAAGGGUCAAAAAUUGCUGCCUACUGCUUAUUUGAGCUUUUGAGGGGAGUCUUUAAUGUUAAAGAGCUAGUUCUUUCAAAUAAGGCCAUUCAGGUUCUGAAUGAUGCAGCUGAAAUUCUAGCCUUUAUGCCGUUAUUCAACAAUCUGUCCAUUCUAACAUUGAAGUCAGAGGAGCGAGUAGGAUAUAUAGGAUAUAUGAUGAAGCAGGUAAAUCUUGGUUGUAAAGCAUUACUAAAGAUACUCCAAAACUCUCCUUGUCUUGGAGCUCUUCGAUUUUGUCAGGGGGUUGAGCUCUCUGCAGAUGGCGAAAACCAUGAAUUGAUAUUGGAUCCGGUACCGCCAUGUUUCUUGUCGCACCUCAAAAGGAUUGAAAUCUAUCAACAUUAUGCAACCAAGAAGCUACAUAGGCAGAUGAUGGAGAUAUUGCUUAGUAGAGCAGUAUUUCUUGACAAGUUAAUGGUAUGUUAUUCAGAAUGUACCUGGAAGGCAGAGGAGUUGGAGAAAGUUCACAAAGAGCUUCUAGGACUUCCCAGAGCAUCCGAAGUUGUUGAAAUCAAAUUCACCCCAGACCUUACCGAGAACCAAUAUGAAGAUACUUUUAGUUGCAGUUUUUGUAGCUCGUCAAGAAAGGGGUAGUCAAUGUCCUUGCACAUGAAGUUGGUAAAACUCCUUCAGCUUCUUGUGUUGGCAUUCCUUUUUUGAACAGAUGGUGAUGUUACGUUGUUGACAAUGCUCUGGAAAUGGUUAUGUCAGUGCUGUUGGCAUGUUCUAUCAAGAGUUUCUGCAUUUUGCCGAUGAUGGUGUACAGAAGUUGAUUUCACUCA